UGCGAUCCGCCUCUGACGCCCUCGUGCGGAACCCGCAGAGCAGAAAGGGAAAAAAUAAUUCAUCCUUACCUGUGCUUGCACCGAGCCCAAAAGGUACGUUUGAUAUUAUCAAGGAGUAUAGAACAGAGGGAGAGAUAGGUCUAUGGGCUGCUUGCAAAAGAGAUACCUCGCUGUCGAUGCUCUCUGGCCUGCUCGUCAGGUUUGCGAUCGACCUGCCUGGGGCAAGCUGGAUGGCAGAAUUUGCCCGUGACCAAAUAGCCGAAGCGCUGCCAGCACCUGCAUGAGGUUACUAUCUCUAUUAAACGCUCGCUUGUCACGAUUCAGUGACCUUGUAGCUCCCUGUCUUUGAGCUCAGUUUUGUUCUUAAGCUAUUGAUCAUCGGUUGACUUCUUAUGCGGAUAGCACCCGACUUGCAGGGAGCAAGGGCUUUUUACCCUUCUUCCAACAGAAUCGAUCCUACCCACCAACCAACCACGUCUACCAUCGUCUAGAUAGCAGUCAAACUGCCUACUAUGCUGGCGAAUAAUACUUCCAUUGACCUGCGAUUCCAAGCUGGGUCAAUGCCUGCCUCCCUCGCAGACGCCAUCGACUCAGACUCUCGCUCUAGCAGUCUCUCGGACAUCGACGAAACCCUCUCCCAUGGCCAGCUAGAUGACCUCUCUCCUCGUCCGUCCAAGUUUGCGUCGGAAAUCGACUCCGAGGCUGAAACUGAGCGCAUAGAGGACUCGCCACACCAUAACCGUGACCGUGACAAGGCGAGCAUCGUCCUGAGCGGUGUCGGUGGCGUCUUCGCAAGUCCAAGCAAGCUAGCACAGUCAACUACCUAUGACCAGCUUGACGAGGAGAAUGAGGACGAGGAUGACGAGGCUGAAGACACUGAAGCAUCUCCUAGCAAGCCGCCACGCUCAGCCAAGACAAACGGAACGGGCAAUGGCAACGCCCACAGCGAGAAAGAGAGUGAUUUUAAGUCAACUAAGCUAUCAGAGUCACAGGAAACACUGAGCCUUAUCAAGAAGCGCAAGCGAAUGAACUCGACGCAUGACCUGGCGGCUCUUCCACAGGAUGAUGAUGAUAGGGAAGAGCCUGCCCGUAAGCGCCGCGGGUCCAUCGCUGUCGAACCCUCUGCAGAUGACGAGUCCGCAUAUCCUCCAGCUGUUCAGUUGUUAGAAGAGGAAGACGAGGAUGAAGGUGAAGGUGAAGCUGAAGCUGAAGCUGAAGCUGAAGCUGAAGCUGAAGCCGAUGCUGAGCCUGAAGCUGAGGCUGAACCCGAACCCGAAGCGGAUGUGGAAGCAGAAGUUGAGGCAGAGGAUGAUGAAGACAAAUCAAAACUGAAUAACGCCGAUGCCUCCAAGCCUACUAGUCCUAGCCCUGUAUCCGACGAAACAUACCUCUCCUCUUCAGCCAAGAGAGGCAAGAAAGGGAAAAGAGACAAAAGACGGGGUAAAAAAGGCAAUAUCGGAACAUAUGGAGACUCCACACCACGGGCCGGAUCUGUGGUAGACAGCAAUGGUGCAGAUGCUACAGAAGAACAAACUGUAGACGAAGCACUGGCAGAUACUGCAGAUGGUCCGGAAGCGGCAGUGAAAUUAGAAGAAUGUAAGUUCUCCGGAGCCUUUGAACUGCCGCAUAGCGAGGCUUUGCGCAACGAAGCUGACUGGUCAGCAACAGUGACGAAGAAAACCACAGCACUCGACCUUUUGUCUGAUCUUGAACGGCAUUUUGCAACAUUACGAGAUAGAAUAUACGAUGAACGCAUUUCGAACAUCAAUGAAGAACUCUCCCAGCUUUCUUCUCCCUCUCCAACACACCCCGAAUUCCUUCGCCAGGCCGCCAUUGUCCAGUCUCAUAUCAAUGCCAAAAUCAACCACGAAAAGAUUCUUCAUGCCUAUAAAUUCCAAGCUCUCUGCGUCAAGUCCCGCGCUGAACGAGCCCAGUGCAAUUCCUCUUACUACCAAACCGUGCGCGAGAUCCGCGAAGCUGCUCUAGAUGCUGUGUCAGAACAUCAAUAUAAAGUCCAGCACGACAGAUUCGGCGGCAUCGGUAUAAGUUGUCCCGGCACCGGUGCCGGCUCAAGUUCUUAUCCAGGCCUGGCCGGGCCUGCCAGCGGCAUACUAGCAGACGCCACAUCCGACGCAGUGACAGAAUAUACCAUCCCCUUCCCGACUCGCCUAAGCAAACAAAUCGCACAUCAGGCAGCCUACAACCGAGAAGUCUCUGUCCUUGCCGGCUUCGCAAAAUACGUCGGUUUCCCAGCUGCCCCGUCUUUAAAACCAUCAAGAGCCCAGGAAACGGAUGAAGAUCUUGAGAAAAUGGGCAUACGUACUCGGCGAUAG